AUGGUGCCUGAAGUUGUAUUCGUUUUAGGAGCGCCCGGCGCAGGUAAAGGCACGCAGUGUUCAUUUAUAUCCAGAGAAUAUGGGUUUGUCCAUCUCUCUGCUGGGGAUUUGCUGCGUGAGGAGCGGCAGAGACCAGGUUCUGAAUUCGGGGAAAUGAUUGAACAAAAAAUUCGUAACGGAGAGAUAGUACCCGUUGAGGUUACGUGUUCGCUGAUUCACAAAGCCAUGCAGAAUUCCGGCCAGACGCGUUUCCUCAUUGAUGGGUUUCCGCGUAACAAGGAUAAUUUAGACGGCUGGGAGAGGGUCAUGUCCGAUAAAACAAAUUUACUUUUCGUGUUAUUCUUCGAAUGUUCUCAAGAUAUUUGCACGGAGCGGUGUUUAGGACGUGGCGCUGCAGGCAGCGGACGUUCUGAUGAUAACCUGGAGAGUCUUAAGAAGAGAUUCAACACAUACCUGAACGAUACUUUACCUAUCAUCAAACAUUAUGACCAGAAGGGUCUUGUAAAAAGGAUUAACGCUGAGAUCAAUCCAAGUGAAGUCUUUGAAGGAGUCAAAGUCGCAUUCAACAACAUUGGACUGAAGAGGAUAGCAAACUAA